CUGGGUCCCUACGCUGCUGCUGCCGACAGCCAGCCAGGAGUGGAGUGUGUCCUCUUCAACGAGGAGUACAUGAACUGCACGUGGGGGAACAAAGAGAUGCCCACAGUCAACUACUCCCUCUUCUACUGGUACAAGAACACGUCUGACAAGGCAGUGGAGUGCAAGCAGUACCUGCAGCACCAGGGUGUCAGGGUCGGCUGCUACUUCAAGAAGAACGAGCUCAUCCAGUUCCAGCCUUUCCAUGUUCUCAUCAAUGCCAGCGUUGGAGGCAAGACCCUGGAGAUCUCCAGAAAGCACAUGCAGCUGCAGGACCUGGUGAAACCAGAGGCGCCUGUCAACCUGACCCUCCGCAACAUGAGCAACAACCAGCUGCAGCUCACCUGGGCCUCCCCCUACCCCAGGAACGGGUGCCUGAAGCACACUGUCAAGUACAAGAGCAACAAGGACACCAGCUGGACGGAGCUCUCGGUGAAUGGAGGUGUCUUCUCCUUACCCAGCGUGGACUAUGAGAAGUCCUACACCUUCUAUGUGCGCAGCAAGAUCAACAGUUUCUGUGGCACAACCCAGCUCUGGAGCGAGUGGAGCGUUCCUGUCACCUGGGGCAGCAACUCCACCAGCAAGGGCACGGUGGAGGAUCUGUACUGGGUUGGGAUCCGCACGAUCCUGGUCCCCAUUGCCUCCUGCCUGCUGCUGCUGGUGCUUGUCAUCCUGCUGGUGCGCAUGGAGAGGGUUUGGGUCAUCCUGAUGCCCCGAAUUCCCAACCCCAGCAAGAAUUUUGAUGAGCUGUUCAUCACCCACAACGGCAAUUUCCAGGAAUGGACUGGAGUCCCUAAAGAUGUUGUGGAGAGCUUCAAGCCCAACUACAGCGAGAACAUCUGCUAUGUGACUGAGCUGCCACCCAAGGACAGCCACGAGCCCCUCUGGGACAGCAGCAACCAUGCACCACCUCCAAUGCCUGGGCCCCCAGCAGCCCCCAGCGAGCACAGCCCCUACCAGAACAGCUAUGGGAGGCUGUGACAUGCUCCUGCACCCCUGUGUGCCCCAUUCUCCACAGCUUUGCUGCCAAACCUUACUGCUCCUCAGGCCUGCUCCCUGCUCCUGCCAUUUCUCUGCCAAAUGCCCUGGACCCCCAGUCUUGCUUCCUGCCAAGUGCCCUCCCUGCUCCCAGGUGCCCACAAGCACACCCAGGGAUGUGUCCUGGUGAGGGCAGCUGCAGCUAAGCAGGCAGGGGCCACUAGCCAAGUGAUGGGGACACACAGGAUGAGGAGUCCCAGGGGGGGCAAGUGUGGAAAAAUAAGGAAAGAUAGACAAGAAAUAUUGUAAACAUGCUCAAGUGCCUUGCAGCUGAUGUAGGGAAAACACAUAUACCAUACUCAUGUUGUUUAGCUUUGUGUAUUCAGUAAGUAGAACUUGUGUUUAGAUAACACAGGCCUGUGAUAGACUUAGUGGCACCUUAUUUAACAUGCUUGAGAUUCCUGGCCUGCUGUGGGAAAGAUCAGAUCACAGUGGUAAACCACAACUGCACAAAUCCUUGAUAAACAGUCAAAAACAGCAGGUUCAGUGAUCCUCUAGGGUGGCCCAAGAUCCACAGUGCCUGCAUCCCUGCUUAUGUGCCUGGGUGCUGCCUGGGGGGGUCCUGCAGUUGGUGAGGUAAUGAAAAUAAAAUUCCUCUUUGCCUUUCAUCCGUGGUUUUGUGGUUGUUCCUGUGUCCUGCCUGUGCUGGCUCAGCCGGCCAGCCCCUGUGUCAUCCUGGCAGUUCCCCAGGCCUCGCUGCUCCUUCCCCUGUGUCCCCAGUUCUGGUGACACUAAAGCUCUGCCCACCAGGGGAUUGCCCAGGCUCGUCCUGCAGGGUCUGGGGAAAGCACCACUGGAGCCCCAGCUCUGAGCACCUCUGACCUCUCACACACAGUGAGGCAGGGGCCAGUCCUGCUGUCCCAGGCUCACAGUGGCAGCGUGUUCAUCAGCCAACAUCGAGCACAUGGAUGGGUCCCCUCCUGGCUGCCUCACAGGGCUCCCUGCACACUCGGGGAUGUGCUGUGACCUCACUGGGCAAUGGGCUCUGCUUUGGGCUCUCCAACCACUUCUGGGGCCACCUGCAGCCCUCAGCCACUGCCGCUGUCCCUGCAGAUGAGCAGACCUUUCUGGCCAACACUGACUGCAGUCCCCUGCAGCUGCUCUUACAGAAUCCCAGAAUCAAUUAUGUUGGAGAAGACGCUGGAGAUCAUUGAGUCCAACCUCUGUAUGAACUCUACCAUGUCAACCAUACCAUGGCACUAAGUGCCACCUCCAGACACAGAGACUCCCCCACCUACCUGAGCAGUCUAAUCCAAUGUCUGAUCACUCUUUCUGGGAAGAAAUUCCUCCUGAUGUCCAACCUCAGCCUUCCCUGGCAGAGGCACGUAAGAGCACACACUCCCAUCCUAUCACUGCUUGCUUGAGAGAAGAGUGGGACCCUUAGCUGGGCCCUUGGACAGCCAGGCCCUGGCACAGCCAGGCCCUGGUACAGCCAGACCUUAGCACAGCUGGACCAUGGCACAGCCGGACCCUGGUAGAGCCAGACCUUAGCACAGCUGGACCAUGGCACAGCUGGGCCCUGACACAGCCGGGCCCUGACACAGCCUGACCAUCAGACAGCCAGGCCCUGACACAGCAGGGCCCCAGUACAGCCAGGCCUGCGGACAGCCGGACCCUCAGACAGCUGGACCCGGGCAUAGCUGGGCCCUCGGACAGCUGGACCCUGGUGCAGCUGGGCCCUGACACAGCCAGGCCGUGAUGCAGCCAGACCCUGGCACAGCCAGAUCCUGGCACACCUGAGCCCCCAGACAGCCGGACCCUGGCACAGCCAGACCCUUGGACAGCCGGGCCCUGGCACAGCCGGGCUCUGUCACGGCCGGGCCCGGGAUG